UUCAAACGUUUUCUUAGUUGCUCAUUUGCUCCACUGUCGUUGGCAUGACAACAGAUCCGGGUAUUUUCCGGCAAGCCCGAUGCUUGCAGGCAACGUUAAAGUGAUUCCAGUUUUCGUUAAUGCAGGACGUGAGUUAAUGAAUGGGGUAAAAAAUAUUAGCGCUAAGAGAAAUCUUGAUUUUAUAUCAGCAAAUAGGUUCUGUCUAAAAAUGCUGAUGGUAUAAUCACCGGUUGUUAGAAACCAUAAGUGUAAUAUUUCACCAAUCUACUUGCAUUUGUUAUUUUCACUACUCGUUGGAGAAAAACACAAGGUGGGACAGCGUAACAAAAUGCAAAAAAAGAUGAUGAGUUACCGGCAUUGAUUCGAACGUCAGUUGGCUGUUUUUGGACUGAAAGAAAUCAACUGAAGAUCUCGACGUGAAAUCCACUAAGUGGUUUGAAAAGUAUCAAACUAGGAGCCAGUAUUGAGAUUGUCCGACGUGCAAAUGGCAGUCAACCUAACAACGUGGCCACAUUGGUUGCAUUCACCGGCUAAUAGCCAACUGAUAAAGACUGGCCUAGACAAUGACGACUUAAUCAGCUGGAAUGGAGUAUCCAGACUAAUUUUCCUUUCGGCCCUUGCAGCUAUAGGCAGCAUGGGAAGUAUUUUCAUUAUCAGUGCAGUAACUCUUCUGGAGUCACUACAAGUACGAGGAAGUAUUUACUUGGUUAAUCUGGCCCUUGCUAACUUAUUGACAACUGCUCUUGUUGUCCCGGCAUCGUGUAUAGCUAUCCUAGCGUCCAUUCCGAAUGACCGUGGAAUUUGUAAUUUCAAGUGGCUGACCACAGUAAUUUGUUUCCUCGUAUCUGUAUUUUCUUUUAUGUUUAUGUCAGUGGAGAACUUUCUCGGAUUGGGCGAUAGAGUUAACUAUGAACAGUGUUGUACAAAAAAUAGGAUCGUUCUUGUUGUAACAACCAUCUGGGUAAUAUCCAUUGGCUUUGCAGUGAGUCAGCAGGCCACAGGAUUUGGGCCGUCCUUCUGUAAUCCUUCUGCUCCCGUCUGGGUUCCUUAUCAUGUCAUGGCUGGGGUCAUGUUCGUCAUUAUACCAACUCUAGUCACCAUGGGAUAUUUUUUUAUGUCUGUCUUUAAACUGAAGAGCUUCAAAACUCAGAUGGAGAUUUUGGAAGAUCCACGAGCCUACGUUUUGACAGAUGAGUAUCUGUUGAAGAGUAACAUCGUGGUAUUUGUCUUGAUGCUAGUGAUGUGGAUUCCGGGCAUAACAGUGGCCACCAUCAGUACCUUUCGUCCAGUUUCUCAGCAACUACUGGACAAUUCCUGGUGGGCAGCCCUCAGCAACUCCUGUAUCUAUAGUUACCUUUACGCAGCCACCAAUCGUAACUUCCGGGAAGUCUUUAACAAACUCUUUUAUUACUGCUGUUGCAAAAGCCACGUGACCUUCUCUCGAAGGCAGCAGGUUUCUAGACAGGGUGAAGGAACUGGAAUAGGUCUUCGGUUACACAUCAUUCCUGGUCUAAACAUCUAUGCCCAUAGGAAAGAAACGUAUAAAGAUAGUAAUCGGAAUAACCAGACCAAAAGUGGAAAAGUAGUUAGUGAUCUAUAAGA